AUGGGCGCAUCGAUCACGGGCAAACGACGGGACUCUUUGCUGAGCUUUCUCGAUUUGCCCUCGCUGCUCAGCUUGAUCUUCAUCUGCAGUCCACUGCUGCUCGCCCUCGUACGCAGCAACUACUUUGGUUGGUCGCCAAGCUCGGCAGCAGACGCAAUCUACGCCAAUGCCGCCAUUACCUCUGCUGCAUUCGAUGAAGCUGCGACGGGCAUCUACAUCUCAGCUGCAGACAGAGAUGGACUGCCUGUACCGCAUCCGGAUCCGACCUCUAUCACCCGCGUUGAGCUGCGGCCGUUCUUUUCUGCCCACAUCAACGCUCAGCGGACCUGGUUUGCUUCGCCCGGCACACAUUUUUAUUCAAAGGCCCUCUCGUCCAUGCUCGGAGUCGUCAAGACCCAGGCGGUGCCCACUCGCAAGGUAGCCAGAACCGUGGCACUCGCACAUGCACACCGGCUUCCGCCACGCUCGAGCAACAAGCGCAAGGGCAGCAAGCUCUUCUUUCUCUUUGCCACUUCGCCAGAACGCGCGAUGCAGCAGUCCGAGUAUUGGCGUCACUAUCUCUACUGGGGCCCGGGUAGCACGGCCUUUGCGAGGAACGACGAUGAUGCCCCCGAGGAUGACAGGCGGGGACCUGGCUGCCUCGUUGUAGACAAUACCGAGAUGAGAUCAAAUCCUGGUGAACCCGUAAAGGGCGUGGAUCCCGAGCGACCGGCCAUGUACGAGGCCCAAAGCUACUUUCGCGGUCUCAAUCUGUCUUGCACCAUGUCGCCCGGCCUACAGGAAUCAUCUGUCUACGGCCAUCGACAACGAUAUGGCGUCAACUAUGGCGCAACGACAUCGAUAGAACGCGUUCUGAGUCUCGUCGUGCUCGGUUGGCAAGCAGCGCAAUACGAGCAACGUGACACCGAAUGGUUCUUGAUCUUAGACGACGAUACGUUCUUCGUAGACCCUCAUAACCUCAUUGACGCGCUGGGCAAAUACGAUUCGGAUCAGGAUUGGUUCCUCGGCGGUCACAGUGAAGCCGAAAUACAACAAUACUACUGGGGCCGAAUCGCAUACGGUGGUGGAGGCAUCAUCAUCUCACGGGGGCUCAUGAAGAAGAUGUACGACAGCUACGAGCAAUGUCGAUCGACACCUGUCGUCAACUUCGAAAGCCAGGGCGAUGGCAAGCUGACUUACUGCGCCGCUGUUGCCACUGGACAAGUGCACGAAUUCAAUAAGCUGCUCGGCGUCAAGACCAGGCUCAAUGAGCUUGCGACGCAAUGGGGCACUAACAAUCUUGUCACGCCUCUCGAGGGACUCAAUCAGAUGGACAUUGGUGACGAUUCGAGCGGCUUCUUCCAGAGCGGGCUAGAAGUGCUCAGUGUGCAUCACUACAAUACCUGGACAAUGAUCUUCCCAUAUCGUCACAUUGACAAUCUACCAUUCGCGCCAGAUCACAAGCAUGUCGAUGUGAGAGUAGUCUCACUUCGACUACUGGCGGCUGCUGCUUGGGCGCUCGGAGGGAGCAACAUGUUCAGACGGAGCGUCUUUGACGAUGGCAGAGUCGUUCUCACGCUAGGAUACAGCAUCACGUUUCACGCACAGCCCUUGACCCCGGCAGACCUCGCAAAGACAGAAUGGACAUACCACCCCGACUUUGAGCCUACACGACCCCACAGACCGGGACUCAUCGAAGGCUUCGAUAAGCUCACAUAUUACCUCUCAUAUGUCGUCAUCGAGGACGACGAAACACACGCCCGAGGACUCUUGCUAUCUGAGCCUCAGAGACGCCAUGUUCGCAAAGUGCGGAUAGGAUACAAGUGCACCUGGCGAGAUCUCAAAGAUUUCAGGACAAACUGGUACGAGAACCUGGCGCAACCAGUCACUGAUAUAGAGACGGUCAUGUUCUUGCCUUUGGUUGAUUAG